AUGUUAACUAAGCCCACUAUGAGCCGUCUCUACAGAGCCUUAGUCUCGCAAGCUUCAUGGAGGCAGACACAGGCCCUGCCGGCGUCUCUACGACGCGGCCCCAUCGCGGCCUUCUCUAAAUCCAGCUCCAGCUCAUACCCGUCUGAAAGCAGCAGCAGCGGCGAAUCCCCUGCGCUCCCCGUCUCGAGCAGUCCAGCUGGCACAGUUCUCCGCGGCCUCAACUACAUUCAAGGCCACAACGAUCCCAUCGCGCUCGCCGAAAGCCACUACCCUGCCUGGCUCUGGAGCCUCCUCGAUGAGAAGAAGGCAUCAGAGAGCGCCGACGCCGACGAGGACUCGGAUCUAUUCGCAAAAUCUAAAAAGCUCCGACGAAAGGCUGCCAAGCGAAGCCGGAAACUCGAAGCCAUGCGUUUGGCAUCUGGACAAGUUUUGGAAGUCAAGGUCCCUCUCACACAGCAGUCCAUUGAUCUACCCGCAAACGAAGAGGGUACCCUAGAAGGAGCACAAAAGGCGGAAGAAAGCCGAAAGGAGCUUAAGAUGGCCAUGAGAUCAGAGCGGCGAAAAAUGAUCAAGCAGAAAAACUACUUGAAGAGUGUAUAA